UGGUCCGAUCACGAUCAUAUGACUGUUCCUGAAGCGGUGUUUGCAACAUCGGAAUUGUCUUAUAGCUGAAGAAAAAUGGUAAAACCAAACACUAGUGUCCAAGAUCCUGUUCCUGUAGGACAACCUGAUAUUCCCACACUGGACUGUCUUAAAAGACUGUUAGAACAGCCUACUGAUGACAAGCCAAGUCCCUGCCAGUUAGAUGAUGACAAUAUCUGUGACUACAUUCUGGACUUGGAGAACAUGUCUUGGCCACAGAAAACUAGAGAGAUAGUCAAUGAAGAUAAUGUUGAAGAAACGAGGCAGGCUAUGCUGCAGGAGCCAUUUCACAACAUUCAGGGAAAUAUCAGAAGUGGAAGGGAUCAAGUCGGUUUACAUGUCCCCCCACAAGACUUCCAGGAAUUGGGGGACUGCAAUAUCGUUGUCAGAGACAACAUUUUCAAAAGCAAACUGGAAACUUUGAAACAAAACCAUCAAUCAACUUAUGACAGCACGAAGUUGAAUGAAGGGAAUGAAAUAUUUGUGAGUUUUCUGGGAAAGGGAGCGGAUGCCACAUGUGAUGUGUACAAACAUGUAAACACCAACAAGCUUGUAGUCCACAAAAAGUACUAUGGAAAGCCAAGGGAAAGAGAAAAGGACAUUCUAAAAUCGUUGGCUCAUAGAAACUUACCAGCAGUUUAUGGAAGCAGGUUGGAUGAUGGUCACCAUGUGUUGUGUAUGGAGUUUUGUGGUGAUUCUCUUCAUCAAUGGAAGAAAAACCGACCAAUGAAGGAAGCUGAGAUAUGGUUAAUUUUUGAACAACUGACCGAUGUUUUGAAUCACCUUGAAAACCAUGGUGUGAUCCACCAAGAUAUCAAACCGGGAAAUGUUUGCAUAAAUCAGGACCUGGUCAUCAAGUUGAUAGACUUUGGAUCAGUGCAGCUUGCUCAGGAUGUUGUCUGCAGUGAAGGAGUGAGGAUGACGGCAGCAUAUAUUGCUCCUGAAAUGUGGCAAUGGCUUCGCAAUAGCGAUAAACCUGUGUCUUGUAAAGCUGACGUAUAUGCAUGUGGCCUCACUAUCUGCUUUCUGGUGUAUGAUGAUGACGUGGUCCCACAAGCACUGGAAACCAGAGAUGAGAAGGUUAUAUCUGAUAAGAUGAUCCUUAACCCUUCCGCAGUGGCUAAAUAUGUGACGAGAACUUUUCCUCUUGACAAUUAUAGCCAGAAGUUGAAAAACUUACUGCUUGCAAUGUUGAAUGGCAACCCAGAUAUAAGAAUUUCAGCAUCAGAGGCUCAUGAACAGAUUGUUACCAACUCAGCAUCAGUUGUUCAUGACAAUGGAGAUAUCAAUUGUAUGCUAGGAAUAGAUAUGCUGGACCAUUCUGCUUCAGUGAGCAAGCUUACUCCAUCAGCAACAACUUCCUACCACUCGCCCAAUGGUGUGUCAUCACAAGAAAAUAUUACUUUGUUGUCACAUUGUGUGGAAGUGGACAGCGAUUGCCAGAACGGAACUGUUUUGACGGCACCUGACACCCCAGAUAUUAUUACUGUGGUACAUCCCGAGGCUGGCGAUAUAUCGCAAUGCCAUCAGGCUGUAAUGGGACAGUUGAUAUUACCAGUUGACAGUUGCCCAAAAAUAGCUCUUGUAACACCGCAAGGACUCGUAGCAGCUACAAAAAUGAUGCCUGACAGAACUAACAAGAAAAUCAGCACGAACAGAAGGGUCUCUAAAAAUUCAAAUCUGCACAUUCAACUAAUUGACCAAACGACAAGUAAAGAUCUAACUGGUGCCAUUGCUGAUGGUUUCUUGUAUGAUGGGCAAAAUCAAGAUGUCGUUUUGACUGCAAACCAGAAUGCAGGUCUAUCUUUAACAGAAAAACCAACGCCUUAUCCAAAUCUGAUCCAACCACGCUCCAUUGGAGAACAAAGGAUUACAUGUCUUUCCAGAAGAAGAAAUGAAACAGAAAAUCUAGAUGAGGAUAACAAAGAUGAUACAAAACUUCCUAGCCUUGACUUUGAAGAACCAGACCGACAAGCCAAACCAGCGACUUUGAAUAAGCUGUCAGAUUGUCUGAAGAAUGGAUCUCGUAAAAGACCUCUCAAUGAUCUUCCUUCUGAAUAUACAAACGUCCCCAACUUUUACAUGAUUCUGCAGAAGAAGAAGCGAAAAGAGGAAGGAUGACAUGUGAUUUCAAAGUGUGCCACUGUAAAAUCACUCCUUGGGCCAAAGAAAAAAUACACAUAAUUCCACCUCUGUGUGGUUUUAUGGAAAAGACUGUUGUACAUCUGAAAAAUAUUUUUAGUUUAAUGUUCAUUAGUUUUGUUGUUUUCUGUAAGAAUGUGUGGUUACAACUAUAUUGAUCCCUUAUGUAAAUGCUAUUGUCACUGUAUUUAAAAAAAAAAUUGCCUUUGUAUCGUCAAAUCACUGCUUAUACAAAACACAAAAACCAUCAGUGCCUAAAAAUUGAUGUUGUAAAAUCAAAUGUUGUUUGAGAAUUCACCAUAACCUGUACUUUAUUCGUGGGUCUGGGUGUGUUGCAGCUUUUGAAUGUUCUGUAUUGGAAACAUAGUAAUUGUAGGCUGAUAAUCUUUUACUGCUACUAAUUUUUGUGAGUAUUAAGGUAUUAAGACUUGAUGUUGUAUACGAAACAUAAAAUUCCUGAUUCGUAAAACAAUCCUUCAUCUCAUGUUUCUGUGUGCAGUUAAUCUGUACAAAUACAUAUAUACUGUUAUGUCAAGGAUUUUGUAAAUUUUUGAUAGAGAGUAAAGUAGAAUGAUAGAUGCCAAUGAUUCACUGGGAAUUAAGAACGUGCAUAUUGAAGAUUUCUUCCUUGGUUUAUCAGUCUGUGAAAAGCUAGAACCUAUGACAAUUUAAAACUGAAAACUGGACAGCUUUGAUUUUUAGUACCCAAAUACGAAACCGUUUGUUUUGACAAUGGUUUCAUGACAGGAAAUCAUGAUAUUUUACAUGUAAUAUUGUAAGUGAGCAUUCAUGUAUUCAUUGUGUAAGCUAUCAUAUUAAAGUCAAUCAUAUCUGAAUAUUAAAAAAUUAAAAUGCAAUUGUAUUUGUCAUAUAAAACUAUGUUUUUGGAAAAUUAUCUUUUACAUGAUCAUGAUCUUGACUUUUUCAUUCAUUUAAUUGAAACUAAUGAAUGUCAGGCCAAAAAUGUUUUCUCAUAGUAGGAUUUUCACUUUGGCAGUCAUAAAAAAAUAAAUAAAAAGGGAAUGAAGAGUUAUCGUUUUCUAUCAAGCUUGUAAUAAAUGUCAACUUCAGCUACCUUUUUGAAUACAUAUGAUGAAGCUGUAUUUGGUCUUUCCAAUAAAAUUGACAAGCUUUCCUGCCAAAUUGGAAUCCGCUGUUUUGCUAUUCCAUCAGUUGUUGGGCUGUUCCGUCAGUGUGUACAAUGUCCAACGAAUAACCAUUAUUGUGUUUAAAUAACAUAAGAUAAUCUGUCAAAAUGUUUACAAGAUUUUUUGUUGUUUACUGCUGUGUAUACUGACCCUUUUUUUUAACAUAUAUUUCAGAAUGCUUUAUAUAAGGACAACUCUAGCAAAACUUUAUAUUAGUUCAUAUUUCAAUGUUCAACAUGCUCAAAAAAAAAUUUCUAAGUAGUGAAAUUUCUUGUUGUUUUGGCUUACAUUUCACUAUGUUUCUGAGAAGCUGAUUAUUUUUUCUAAAGUUUCUAUCCUAGUAUGCAUGUCACCAAUAGAUUCUUCAAUGUUAUUAAGUUUUUGAAUUACCAUGUCAAGCGCAGACCCCAUUGGAGCUCUUAAUUCUUGUUUGAUGGGUGCAGUGACAAGAAAAAAACUGAUGCUGUGUUAUGAGUUAGUCAGUUGACAACUUCUUGCAAGUAAAUUGUGAACUUGUGGUUCACUUGUUAUGAUAAGAUGUAGAUAAGCUGAAUAGGGUAGCAGUACACAGUUUCUCGGUGUGGCCAUGGGUGAUAUUUUUGUUCAUUAGAUUACCCCAUUAUGAAGGUUUCAAUUAAAAUUUCAAAAAUAAAUCCUUGCUAAAAUUGGUUUUGUCAUGUUGAAGUGGACAAUAUCAGGUUUCAUUUUUUUAUUUGUUCAGUCUGUUCAAAAACCAGCUUUACAGGAAUUGAAAUUUUCAGAGUGUUUACAUGUGGUCAUGUUAUGAAGGAUUUCUGAGUUGUAGUGUUGGAAUUAGAAGUAUUUUCGCAUUUCUAGCAUUUUUUCGGUUGGUAACCAUGGCAAUCACAUGUCAGAAAUCAGAGGAAAUUUUUUAUUUACACAAUUUCUAUAUCUGUACUUUUAAUGUAAUUGUUAUGUAGUUUAUAAAUAUAUAUACAUGUAAGGAUGUAUUUUUCAUAACCAAACUGCUAUACCUGUAUAUCUCAAACAUGAUGUAUAAUUUCAGGAAACAUGGAAAUUAAAUGUAAAAUUUAAUAUUUUUAUUAAAUUUGAGUUUAUGCAAGAAACUGUUCUCCUUCUAUAGUUUCCUGUUUCGAUUGUGAUUUAUUUGUUUAUUUUUUUCUGUUUGUUCAUCUAUGUGUCGUAUCUUUAUGCUAAUUAGUAUGCUAAUGAGUGUUUUUCUUUAUCUUUAACCAAUCAGCAAUUACCCCGUAGAGGGGUAUCAGUAUUGGCAUCCAUUAAGUUUCAGCGUUUGAUGAGUGAGAGGAGCGUUUCAUUUUGUGCCUUACCCACCCGCCAUCCCCUUCAUCACCUUUAGGACAGAUGGUUGUAUGUUUUACUUGUAUAUACCUGUUCAAUUUUUUUUUCUCGCUUUUAUUACAAAUGUAUUUAGUUCUUUCUUCUUUGCAAAUGUUUGUAUUUUGACUGCUAUUUUAGUUGGGCUACUCACUCUUGUUAGGGUUUAUGUUGACUUUUAAUUCUCUUCCCUAUGAGUUUUAAAUUCCCUAUUAAAAUUUUUUUUUUAUGUAUAUAUAUAGCUUGUUUAGUCUUGUCAUUAAUAAAAUUUACUGUUUUGGAUGUGUGUAAAUGGGGGUCAAACUUCUUAACAGGGUCCUUUUAUGAGUCAAGUCACUGCUCUGUAACGGUUCAGAGUCCAGAGUCUUCUCAUUGGUUACCCUGGAGUCA